CAUGAUUAGGAUAUUUGGAGGUUUACAAAAUUUAGUUAAAAUAAAACAAAUUAAAAUUGAUAAUUUUGUCAUGAGACUUAAUUAUCCCGUUACGGUGAUCAUAUUGCUCGCUUUUUGUGUUAUCGUAACUGCUGAACAAUUUGUCGGUGAUCCAAUUCAGUGUUUAUCUAAUGUUGAGAUUAAACCUCAAAUAAUUAACGCUUUUUGUUGGGUCCAAUCAACUUACACAAUACCACAACAUCAUACAUCAGCAUCUUAUCCAGGAAUCGAUGCUAAUCAAGACAAUCAACAAUUAAAGUAUCAUGGUUACUAUCAGUGGGUUCCCCUGAUUCUCUGUAUUCAAGCAUUUUCCUUUUAUUUGCCCCACUGGCUCUGGAAAUCAUGGGAAGCCGGAAAAUUGGAAACUCUUUCCAAACCAAUUAACUUUGCUCUUUAUUCUGGUAAGUUGAUUGAAAGACAAACUACUUUAGUUGAUUAUUUGGUCUACAGUCGAGGUAAUCACAAUUUGUACACAAUCAGAUUUAUUUUCUGUGAGUUAAUUUCAUUGGUCAAUAUUGUCGGUCAAUCGUAUUUCUUAGAUUUACUUUUUCAAGGUGAAUUUCUCCAAUAUGGUUUCAAAGUGGUCAACUUUUUCUUUCUAAAUGAUGACCAAAGGUUUGACCCAAUGUACCGGAUAUUCCCAAAGUUCACUAAGUGCAGUUUCAAACGCUUUGGGCCCGCAGCGGGUUUGGAUACAGUCGAUGCCCUUUGCUUGUUACCUUUGAAUAUGAUCCAUGAAAAAAUUUACGUUUUUCUUUGGUUUUGGCUCCUCUUUUUGUCUCUUUUUUCAACAAUUAGCAUUUUCUACCAUUUAAUUGUCAUCUCAACUCCAUUUCUUUGGGUUAUUGUUACUAAAUGUGCUUUUCCUUGGUUAUCAAUUAGUAAAAUUAAGACAAUCAUUGAACAAUCAAGUUUCGGUGAUUGGUUUUUUCUUUAUAUGUUGGGCUCUAAUAUUGACCCAGUUUUAUUGAAAAAGAUUCUCAAUGAUCUUGCUAAUCGAUAUGAAUCAAUGAAAGAUGUAAAUUCAUCUCUUAAUUUAUGAAUAAAUAUCAACUUUUCUUAUG